AUGGCUCUGAAGAUGAAGCUUCCACAGAGGAGGAAAUCAGUUCGCAGAUUGGAGAAAAGUGUGCGCCGAAAGAGACUAGCAACCAAGACCACUUCUAUUUCAAACCCUGCUGCUGCUUCAACUCCAGCUUCAACCAGGUCACAAAUCAGCCCUAGUAAGGACCUCCCACAGAUCAAGAUCUCCAGCGACACAUCCAAAUUCCCCUACAAACAUGCACAUGGAAGUCGAUCAGCUUUGAGGCUAUCGAGGAUCGUUUCAGAGACUUUGAGGCUGAAGAUGGACAAUGUAAGGUGGUUUGUGAUGGGCGACGAUGACACGGUGUUCAUCGUGGAAAAUAUGGUGAGGGUGCUGAGGAAGUAUGAUCAUAAGCAGUUGUAUUACAUUGGCAGCUCGUCGGAGAGCCAUGUGCAGAACAUAUUGUUCUCAUAUGGGAUGGCAUACGGUGGUGGGGGAUUUGCAAUCAGCUAUCCAUUGGCAGUGGAGUUGGAGAAGAUGCAGGAUCGUUGCAUGCAGAGAUAUGCUGGCUUGUACGGCAGUGAUGAUCGAAUUCAUGCCUGCAUGGCGGAGCUCGGAGUGCCACUCACCAGGGAAGCAGGAUUUCAUCAGUAUGAUGUGUAUGGGGACCUCCUGGGACUGCUAGCUGCUCACCCGGUGGCACCACUUGUAUCGUUACACCACCUCGAUGUGGUAGAACCAAUAUUCCCUGGUAUGAAGCGAGCCAAGGCCAUCCAGCAUCUCCUACAGUCUGCUAAUCUUGAUUCAGCCAGCAUCAUGCAGCAGUCCAUCUGCUAUGACAAGAAGCACUCGUGGUCGAUCUCGGUGUCGUGGGGCUAUGCCAUCCAGGUCUCAAGGGGCCUCAUGUCACCCCGAGAGCUCAUAACCCCUGCAAGGACAUUCUUGAAUUGGUACAAGAGAGCUGAUUACUUUGCUUACUCUUUUAACACUAGACCAGUUGCAAGGCACCCCUGUCAGCAUCCCUUCACUUACUACAUAAGCAGCGUUCGCUAUGACAAUUCUAGGAAGCAGAUCAUAAGCAACUACUCCCGGCAAAGACGGACAUACUCUUGUCGAUGGAAGAUGCCUUCACCUGAAACUAUCAACAACAUUAUAGUUUUUAAGAAGCCUGAUCCCCUUCGGUGGAAACAGUCGCCAAGAAGAGAUUGUUGCAAAGUGUUGACUUCUGGAAGGAGAUCUACCAUGCACAUAUUAGUCAGCAAAUGCCAACUUGAUGAGCAUCCGGAACUGUAGA